AUGACUCACAAGCAUUGUUUCGAGGCUCUUGAUAGAACAAUGAGAGACAUAUCACAUUCCAGUCAACUGAACAUGGAAACCAAGCCUUUUGGGGGAAAGGUCAUUCUAUUUGGUGGUGAUUUUAGACAAAUUCUUCCGGUCAUCCCUAAAGCUACCAGAACAAUGAUAGUCAAUGCUUCUUUGAAUUCUUCUUAUAUAUGGCGAUACUGUCAAGUACUAAAACUAAUUAAGAAUAUGAGAUUAAGAGUUAGGUGUCAGGAAGCAUAUUUGAAAGAAAUAAAGGAAUUUGUAGAAUGGAUUUUAAAGCUUAGUGAUGGUCUGCUUGGUGAAGAAAAUGAUGGUGAGAUAGAUAUUGAAAUACCAGAUGAUUUACUUAUUCAUGACCAAGUCAAUCCUAUUUCUUCUCUAAAUUCAUUUAUAUAUCCGAACAUGAAUAAGUUUUUGUGGGAUUUAACGUAUUCCCAACAAAGAGCGAUUCUUGCUCCAACUAAUGAAGUAGUGGAUUCAAUAAAUAAAGAGUUGUUAGAGAGUCUGCCUGGUGAAGAGGAGGUUUAUUUUAGUUUAGAUAGUUUAUGCCAAUCUGAGGAAGAAUCAGAGCUUAAUAUGGCAUUGUUUCCUCCUAAUGUGUUAAACAAUAUUUGUUUAUCUGGUUUACCUAACCAUAAAUUAGUACUGAAACUUGGUGCUCCAGUGAUGUUACUCAGAAACAUUGAUCAGGCAAAUGGAUUGUGUAACGCUACACGUUUACAAGUCACGAAGCUCGGAAAAGUUGUGAUUGAAGCAAAAAUUAUCACAUGGACUAAUAUAGGUCACCAUACUUUGAUUUCAAGACUGAAGAUGACACCUUCUGAUAAAAGAAUACCAGUGAAGAUUUCUCGAAGACAAUUCCCACUUUCACUGUGUUUUGCUAUGACAAUAAAUAAAAGUCAAGGACAAUCAUUGGAGCGUGUUUGUUUGUAUCCUCCACGUCCAGUGUUUAGUCAUGGCUAG